ACCAAAGCUUCUUUAAGCUACUUUGCGCAUGUACGGCCAGUCAAACAGAGCAUUGCAUCGACUCCAAGAUGGCGAAAACACGUCUGGCUUGCGUCCUGACUCUCCUCUCAACUCACUGCUACUUCAGCGCAUUGGCAGUGGUGCUGAAGUCAAACAACGAAUCGCCGUGGACCAAUGAGUUUGACAAAAUCGAGUUAUCCUGUUUGAUUGAGUCCAUUUCCACAACCAACCCCAGAAUCGAAUGGAAGAAGAUAACGAACGAGGGGCCGAGUUACGUGUACUUUGACGGGAAGAUCUCAGGUGACCUGGAGAACAGAGCGAUGAUCAGAGAACCCGCCACGCUGCUGAUAACCAAUGCCACGAGGUCGGACACGGCCAAAUACCGCUGUGAGGUCACUGCCUCCGAAGACCAGAAGUCAGUCGACGAGGUCGUGAUCGACCUCGUCGUGAGAGUGAAGCCGGUGGUGCCGAAAUGUAGCGUCCCAAAGUCUGUGCCAUUUGGGAAGUCGGCGGAGCUGAGCUGCGUGGAGGAGGAGGGCUUCCCCAAGUCCCAGUACCAGUGGUUCAAAAACAGGGAGGAGAUUCCCGACGACCCAAAGUCCAGCCUCAAGUUCUUCAACUCCUCGUACACGCUCAACGCAGACUCAGGGACUCUGAAGUUCAUCGCAGUCAGAAAAGAAGACGCAGGCGAGUACUCCUGCCGAGCGAAGAAUGAUGCAGGAUACUCUGAGUGUCCACCGCAGAAGAUGGAAGUCUACGACAUCGAUGUUGUGGGGAUUAUACUGGGAGUACUGGUGGUGGUCAUGGUGCUUGUGUGUAUGACGGCGGGGAUCUGCUGUGCGUACAAGCGGGGCUACUUCUCUGGCCAGAAACCGACGGGGAACAAUUACAAAGUUCCAGCUAAAGGAGACGGAGUGGACUACGUCAGGACGGAGGAUGAGGGGGACUUCCGACACAAGUCGUCAUUCGUGAUCUGAGGACGGACGGGGACGUCCUGUGCUGAGCGAGCGAGGCGUGACCUGUGGGGACCCCACGGAGCCGCCACAGUUCACACGCUCUGAGCGCUCGGCGCGGCCCAAAUCUAGCCGCUCAAGUUUGCCAAAGGUGACGAGAUUUCACGGGACAACAAACACGUCGGAGCUCUUAAUUACACAACGUAGGGGACUGAGAUUUCUUCUUGGACUUUUUACCGCCACCAACCGAAUUCUUUUCGCUAAAUUAUGGAGUCCUUACUUUACCGCCGUUGCAUGGUUUGAAAAAACACCGACCGAAGUGGAGGAGGCGAUUCUUUGUUCUGCCAAGUAGAAAAGGAGGAGCGUCUUCCCUCCAACGUCUGUCAAUCAUGACACCUUUCUACUUUCGCUUCAAACCUUUCCCGUCAUUUGUAUAACCUUUCUUUUCUACUGUUGAAAUUUGUCAGACUAUUUUUGAUGGAAUAUAUUUUAAAAAUGCCUAUAGAUAAAAGGUUUACUUUUUUAAAUAUUUGUAAAAUACUAACAUGCGUUGUUUUCUUUUGUUUUGUUAUUAUUUGGUCGUGCGUAAAAACAAGUAUGUAACACUUUAACCACAUCAGGCUGUAAGCAUUUACACUUCUGCAAUUGGAAGAAAGACGGACAAACGAAAAAGAAAAGAAAAGAGAGAAAAAAGGACUUGAAUCUGCAUAUCGCAAUGUGGUUCUCGAUCGGCGGUCUUACAUAUUUAAUUUCCCGCUUUCUGUUGUGAGACUCUUCCAUGUCCAUGUUUGUAGAUAGUCUUAGUGAGAGGCUUUGAAGAGUGCCAGUCUAAUGCUGUGAAACACUGCACACAAUCAGUGCUGCAUUUUCUUGAUUUUUAAGUGUCCUUCUAUGCUUGCUGUUGAUCUUGUAUAUAUUGAAUUUACUGUCCAGAGUUUUGCUGUCAUAUGUACGUUCAGUAUUACACUAUAAUAAUUAUGGUAAUAAUAAUACAGGGUUUUGUCGGUUAACCUUCCAGACCCAAAGGAAAAGGAAGUUGUAAUACUAGACGUGGUACUUUGACGUUUUACUGUGUAAAAGCCCUCGAUUUGAAAUUCUGAAUGGAAACAAACUGGACAGCAGACAGAGAGCUUCCUGUUCCUGCGAGUGACAGUUGAGGACUUUGUUAUUUAGACUACUGACUCGCCUUUAUUUAAGCCCCAUUCACUAAAGGUGCCAAGGACAUCAGUGGAAAUGCCCCGGCUCUCCGGUACAUUCACAGACUGCUACAGGCAGGUGUACGAUCUGUCCACGUCCAAUCUGUUUACAAACAAUUGUUUGCUAAUAUUUGUGCAAAUUAGAGAGUAGACCUCAUGUUACAUUUCUAAUCUUUAUUGUUUUCGUUGAUCUGACCCUACACGUCAGUGUGACCGUGAUAUACAGCCAGGGUCUGGAGGGUUAACAGUUGUACUGAUUGUAUAUAGAUAUUUGUAAUUUCUUUUCUUUUUCUCUCUCUCAAGAGUAUGUAAAGUGGUGACAUUUUUUUCUUUUUGAGGCAAUAUGAAACUCUUUCCAUUUGUAAGACUGGGAAAAGGUAACAUUUUAUCAUAUCAUUCCUAACUCAUGAGUACGGAAGCCCUAAGGGGAAAGUGAGAAUUAUUAUUUUUUUAAUUAUUCAAGCCUCUUAAAACGAAAACAUGAUAUAUAUUAUUUAUAUCAAAAAAAAAAUUAACAAAAAUCAUCAGCAAAAAAUGUUGCUGAUCAUUUUUCGGAGUUACUUUAUGUGAAAACAGUUAAAUAAAUCAAAAGUUUUUCGCUGGUGAUUUUUGUUUAGUUUUUUGUCUUGAUCACCUUUUGUCUGUGUCUUUGUUGUUGUAAUAAUGAUGUUUGCCACUAGAGGCUGCAGUGCACCACUACUUGUUCUCAAUAGGAUGUUUUCAACGUUUUCUUCCAGGUGACUUUGAAUUUGUCCAACACGCUCUAAACACAACCCCACGUAUAUUGUGUGUUAGCAAGUUGUGUCAAUUAAAACUCACCUGGGAUAAAGCAUGAAGGCCUUAGUCUUGUUUUAGAACAUGGGUUAGUGGUGCACUUGAGCCUCUUGUGGACAAAUGGGCAUUACAACAACGAACAGAGACGAAGAAAUGAUCGUGGCAUCGAAAAUAAAGAAAAUAAGUAUUUUACUGAUAAAGUAACCAAGAAAAAUGUUAACAGCAAAACCGUUUUUUCCAACUAUUUUGAUCAGAAUUAGGAAAUGGAUAACCAGAAUUAUCUUUUAUUCCCUCACUGACCCCUCAAGGCUUCCAUACAUGAACAAGAGCUUCUGUUCAGUCAUGAUCCGACCCUUGUUUCAGUGUUCAGAACAAACCGCUCACUGUUUCAGAGUUCUGUUGCUUUUGGCCCCAACUCCUCAUUUUCUGGAGGCUCCAUCCGGAUAAAACAAACACACCUGAUAUGUAUCAGACCUCCAUGUUCAGCUGUUAUGAAGUGAGAAGUGUGGUAAAAUGUUCACCCAGGACCAGUCAUGGUAGAGACGAUCUGCCCAAAAUUUGCACAGAGGAAGAAGAAACACUGCUUUUUCCAAGUUGCAUUGAGGAACCUUGAGAAUCCUGUUGCAGGUGCAUUACUUUUUAUGGGGAGCUACAAGUCACGCAGCUCACAGACGCAUACGCUCCCCCUCCAGUUGUACAAAUUUCAUUCCUCUUAAGUGCCUUCUGCCUUUACAGUAGUCUGGUUUCUCCACAGCCAUGCCCCUCCCCCUCCACGCGUGCAUGGCUACAUGAGGCCGUCUUUUACAUUCAUUGAACCACAAGCGCGGCGUUUGAGAGGAAUGAUGUCACUGCAAAAAUUCCCACCUCCCUUUUACAUACGUACCUGCAAAUUUGUAAAUAGCCCUUUUUUUCUUCCAUAGGUUUGAAGGUGUAGACAUGUUGAAGUAGAAAUAGAAAUAUAUUAGUGCCUAAAUAUAGUGGGAUUAUUUUUGGUAAAGUCACAUAGCACUAUUAGGCAAAAUGACAUGCGAGCUCUGGUUUAUAUCGGUUCAUAUGGUGUUUUUGUUUAUUUCUAACGCCUACAGUCGGGGGAGGGGCAUUUUAUUUUUGAAACCCUCCACGGCUCGCAGCGAUGAACACGAUGUCCAAAUCGAGAGUUGUAUUCAAGUGCCAUGCAGCCGUAACGGAGCUCUCACUAUUCAGGUGGUUGUUUUAUAAAGCUCAUGCAAAGCGUCAGCCACAACAGCAAACAGGACUUCCAGCUCCACGUAGGCCCCACCCCCGGGACAAGAUGGUUUGAGACGGUUCACGGUGUGUGUGUGUGUGUGUGUGUGUGUGUGUGUGUCUCUCUGUGUGUGUGUGUCAAACAAAGCUCACUCACCGUUGUCUUUCAACACUCCACCAAUCCAACAGCAUUAAAACGGUUCUAGACUGAGGACUUGGUACGUGUCAGAAGGCUCUGAGCCAAACUCACAUACAGUAGAAUGUCCAUUUGGGGCCUGCUGGGGGGGGGAUUCUUUUUGUUCAUUUCAGAACCACUCUUUGUGAUUAAUAAAAACUCACUUCUAACAUUA